GAGCCGCCGCGAGGGGGAGCGGAGUUGAAAAGCUACGGCAGCCCCCAGAGGAUCAAGAGCUGCCCGAGCAGCUGCGGGGCGGCGGGUAACGGCCGCUGUCUCCUUCUUUGCUUUGGGUCCCUUUCCUUCCCUCCUCCUCGCACGCUGAUCGCUACCCGCUGUGCUUAACCCGGCAGCCAUGGAAGAGCGUCAGGCCGAUGACCCCCUGCGGCGCGGGGUCCCGGACUCGCCGAAGCGAUGAGGGGGUAGGGGGCGCUAAAGCUACCUUCCGCUCACCCUCCUGCCCUGCUCCUCCGCCCUCCCUACUCUGCCGCGGACCACCCCUGCCCACCCCAGCCUGCAGACUCGAUUAUUCUUAACUCCCCCUCCCCCCCGCCUCCUCCAGCCCCGCCUCGGAGCAGGAGCUGCCCGCCCCGUAGGGGGCGCUGCUGAGGAAGCUGUUGGUCCUCAUGCCAUCCCGCGGCUCCAUGCGGAGGAGUAGGAGCCCCUGAGAAAGACGAAGAGACUUGGGGCGCGGGCUCGUCGUCCGUCCGCCCCCGCCUCCCGCUGUGCGCGUUUCCCGUCCUCCCUCCGGCCCCCUGACUCUCCAAAAUGUGGCAGAGCGUGGGGUUGACCCUGCUGGUGAUCGUAGCUACGCUGCUCUGCGUUCUGCUCUUCAUGCUGUGCGGUUGGUAUGUCGUUUGGCAUCUGUUUUUGUCCAAAUUCAAGUUCCUCAGAGAGCUAAUAGGAGACACAGGAUCCCAACAGGGAGAUAAUGAGCCUUCAGAGUCGGAAGCAGAGCCGGAGACUCCACCCACUCCCCAGAGGAUCAGAUCCAAAACUGUCUGGCAUCGGAGGCCACCUGUAGAAGAAACUUCGACCUAACAUAGCAGCACCUGGGCAUUUCUCUUUAAGAAAUGAUGAAAGGUGGUUGCUUCUAUGUGACUGAAUGGUGUAGGAUUUAUUGAGAUUCUGAUUAAAGAACUUGUAUUCUUGGAUUUUCAAAACUACUUUAGGCAAUUAGAAGAGGUUUGCAUGAAAGCCAUAUAGAAAUAAAGGGAAUAAAAACCAAACUAGACCAUUGCAAGUUUUUCCAUCUUAAAAAAGUAGCCAUGUGUACCACUUCCUGUUUCUUUGAUUUAUUUCCUUCUACUAGUCUGACUAUGGUAAAUGUAAAAGGCAUCAAGUAGUUUUCUUUAUAGUACAAAAAUUAUUUAUUAGCAAACUUAGUUUGAAACUUUAUUGAUUAUUCUUUUAAAAAUAUAUUUUUUUUUCUAUGUGAUUUAUUAAAAAACCCUUGAUCACCUACCUGGAAAUUAUUUCUUAGAUUACAACUUUUAUAUGGAAGGACUUCAUGCUAAAUUCAUUAGUUGUGGAGAUAGUAGUCCUUAAAAUACAGUGAGAUGAUUGCAAAGGUCUUUUUUUUGUGUGUGUGUGAGAGAAAAGAAGGUUAGAUAAUGGUAGAAAGAAUUAAAACUUGCAUACAUGUACAGCGAUUGUUACUAGACUUCCAUGUUUGUCUUAGAAGAACUUUAGACAUGGUAUUUGCCACAGAUAAAAAGGUUUAUGGAUUAAUUAUCUUCACUGUUUAUUUUCCUCAAUUGUCACUUGCCUCGUUCAAGUAUUAAUAACAUAUCCACCCCACUAUAUAAUGUCUUUUUUAUAUUACAUGUUUGGUACCAAAUAUUUUCUUUCUUGUUCCUUUCAAACUAGUUAUUUUCAAUUUUUACAAAACUUCACCCUGCUUUAAUCUUUUAUAGUUUUGUGGAAUUAUUUGGGUAGUUCAUGUUUCAUGAUGGUGGUAUACUUCUUUAAUGGUGCAGUUAAUGAUUCCUGAAUAUUGUAUACAAGUUUUGUCAGUGUAAUUAAAUUGCAUUUUUUUUAUUGUGGCUAUUCAGGAAUUUUGAAAGAAGAUCUGAUCCAAAGACUUAUUAUCCCAAACCUUGGGGGAAAGAUUGGAAUUUGUUUUGGGACAAUCUGCCUUGUUUAGAUAAUCCCUUGGUUGAUGUCGUACUUUUUGUAUUACUGGUGUCAAAACACUCUUUCUGAACAGGUAAACAUACAAAUCAUUAAUCCUACAUUUGAGGGGUGACUUGUGUAAAGCACAAGGGAAGCAGUAAAAUAAUCGCCCUAAUAGAACCCUUAAUUCUGAGAAAAGAAUGAUUAAAUUGAAAUUUUUAUAAUUAAAUUCUAAUAAUUAAAUUCUGCAUUGACCAUACUUAGCUGAGAAACACUAAAUAGCUAGUAAGCUUCCUUCCCUGCUAGUAUUAUUUGUAGAAUGAAUGUCUUGACUCUUCCCUGAAAAUAAUAGAACUAUCAUUCCAAAAUAAUUGCUUCCACAUCAAGUAUUUUUGGGGGGAGAGAGGGGAAGAGAAGAAUGGUAAGGGAGGAUACUAUGUUCAGACCCUUAUGUUAUAAUUAUGUUUAGUUUUUUCAGGGUUAUACUUUUUAGGUACUUGACCUUUUUUAUAUUGGAUUAGAAGGCGGGAAUUCACAAAAGUAUUGAUAUUCCAACUCUUGCCUUCCUCAUUGUCAUAAAAAUUGAAUUGGCCUUGCUAUCUCCUAAAGCUACCUGUUCUACUUUUGGGUUAGCUUUGUUAUUAGGAGGCUUAUCCUUCAGUUAUACAGUAUUUAGUUUGUCAGUAUAAUUUUGUGGAAAGGGAAUCACUGAUGUUGGUAAUAUAAAAUUCCUCUAGCUAUAAGCUGAUGUUGAUUGGUUUGUUACUUCAAGAUGUUAAGAUAUUCAGAUUUCUGAGGUCACAGUGUAACUUAAAAACUUAAUUGUUUUCCUAGCUUUUUUUUUUUUUCAUAAGUAAACCUCCCCCCCACCCCCGAACUAUCCAUUUUUAAAGGAAGUAUCAUACAUCUAUAUUAGAACAUAAAACGGCUUUUAAGCAUUCAGAACACAUUUUAAGCCUUUUUUCUUAAAUGAAAUGGAAAGAGAAAUAGAUAGCAAAUCUUAUAUGCUUAGUGUGGAGUAUUAUACUUUCUAAUUCUGUUGGCAAUUUUUUUUUUAUCUGAAUAAUUCACCCCUUCUACUGUAUUUUAAGAAAUUUUUAAGAAGUGCAGUAGGAAUAACCUCUAAUCAUUUUCAAGUUUCAAAAGUUUUGUUGCUGUAAAAUAUGUAAAUCAGAAUAUAAUUCUUAAUUGAAUUCUUGUAUGUUGAGCAUGAUAGUGACUUUGAACCAAACUUCAAUUUCAUGAGAAAACAGAUGCUGAUUCUAGAACUAAUUUUUUUUCAAUCAAGUGUAUAGUACUAUGGAGAGUAAUUCUGUAGUUAAGAACUCGAAACUUUGUCUUUCCUUGACUCUAUCCCCAAAUAUUCCUCUUCCUUCUGCCUAAAAGGGAUAUGUGUAACUUUGUAGAUUAGGUAGUUAUUUGAAUGAAGAUUAGCCAAAUCAGUUGCAAUGCUGUGAACUAGAUGCCAAUAACACUAAUCCUUUGAAUAACACUGUUAAAUGAUGCUCUUGAUCUUUAUAGUAAGCUAAUGUUAGUACUCUUAGAAUUUGAAAUUUUUCUAAUGAACUUAAUAAUGAAGAUAUAAAUGCAUUACAGGAAUAUGAGAGAGAACCAGUUCAGAGACUUUUGGCCAGUGUCCUGUGACACUUAACUGUAUCAGACUGCACUGUAAGUUCACAAAAACAUGUCAAGGUUCUAUUAUAGUACAAGUGUAGAACUUCAUGAAAUCUAGAGUUCUGAAGAACAUAUUAUGCUUUUAGAAUAUCUUGACAUUUUUACCAAAAUACAUUUUGUAAAAUGCGAAACAUAGCUCAUCUUUUUAUUUUUAACAAAAGAAAAAUCUUAAAUACAGAUCACCUAAAUCAAUGGUAUAAUCUUUAAAAAGUGGCAUGUCUUAAAAAAAAAAAAAAAAAGUAUGCCUUAGUGUUAUACCCCAUUUAGUGAAUGUAAUUUUAGGUUUUUGUUUGCCAGACUUCAAAUAUUUCCUUAUUUUAAGUUGCCUCAAUAACAUGAACAGCAAUCACAAUACAUACUGUACAAAGCAGUUAUUGAAAUAGGUUUUUGCUAUGAAGUCUAGAUUAAACACUGGGUAUUAUCUGCUUUCAAUGAUUAGAUAAAUUAUGGUUUUGAACCUAGAAAGCAUAAAGAGUUUUGUUCUCUUUUAAAACUAUUAGUAGAGGGUUUAAAUAAAAAUAUGUUAAUAAGUACUUGCUGACUUUUAUUUUAUGGUGAAUGUUUAACAUAUCCAAAAGCUUAAUGCUAUGCAGCUCAUUCACCAAAUACUGCUGCUGUGGCUACUUAGACAGUAAAUACUGUGUGGUGUGCUGCAAAACAUUGUCAACCUGCUGCUUGAUGUUAGGUUUACAUUGAAUUAGACUUGUGUUUUAUUAUAGUACCUUUUUGUACAAAGAUAAUAUCACAUCUUUUCGAGGUUAUGAGGAAUGUGUAUAAAUGGUUAUUUUGCCUCUUCAGUGUUCAAAGUGAUAAUUGUUAGAUAUUGUACUUGAUGCUUUUGUGGUUUGUCUUUAUCAUGUUUCUUUCAACUGUUUCAUUUUAAACUGACUUUACAUAAAAUAAAUAAAAUUGGAAAGUAACUAAAUAAUGUAGAUGUCUAAAAUCCUUAAGAUACAAUGAAUAAAUGGUGGGUUUAUUCAUUGGUCCUCGAAUAAUUUGAAAUCUUGAUUCUUAGUCCUAGAAUUACUUGAAAAUUGCUUUUAGUCUAAUCAGUUUAUUAGAUAAUGUUAGUGGUUUAGCUAACCUAGCCUUGAUAGUUCUUGGUAAACCAAAAAACAAACAAAAAAAACAAUCCCAGGGUAGUCCAGGUUGAAGACUAUUACUACAUCAAUCAACUAUAGGACUUUAUAUACUUUGUUGAAAUAAUACUUUAUUGUUUACUGCUGAGUCUUCUAAUAUAGUGAUCCUUGACUCUGAAUUUCUAUUAAUGAAAUUGGCAGCUACUUUCAGAUAGCAUUUUAGAUUCAUGUAUAAACAAGAGAAUAUACUCACAUAACUGAAGGGACCCAAGUUUAUAGUUAUUUAUAUGGCACAUCGUUUUAUUCAUUGAAGUUUAUUUAUGUUUUCUCAUUCAUCACAGUUGCCUUAUGUGGUAAGUAGGACAGAUAUCCCUACUUUAUUGGUAAGAACUUUGGGGAUUUUAUUUUCAAAUGACUUGGCCAAAGUUAGGUGCAAUAUACCAUAUUGGAAAUGGAUGUUAAAAGAUAAAUGAAUCCAGGUUUUAAAAUAGGGGACCAGACCAUA